AUGGAAGAGAAAGAAAAAUCGAAAACAGAGGAGGAUAUACCAGACAAAAAAACUCCAGAAUCCCCAGCUCUUCCCCAGCCAGAAAAAGAAGAUUCAAAAAAAAGUUCGAAGAAAGAAGAUUCGAAAAAAGAAAAUGAGAAACAGAAUCCCGAAUCUUCAACCACAGUUUCUCCAUUUCUUCUUAAAAUCAACCCGGAAAAACUAAUUUAUUCUUCCUUUGAAACUAUGGAAAUAUCUAUCAAUAAUCCAACUGACAAAGAAAUUUUCGUGAUUCUUCACUUCGAUUCGUUCUUUUUUUCUCUCAAAUCAGAAGAUCUGAAACUUUUUGAAAUGCAAGAAAAUGACACUUGCCAUGCAAAAAAAGGAUAUAAAAUUAUGAAACCAAAUGAGUCAAUCGUCUUGAAAAUUGAACAGAUGAAGCAUGAUGAUAAGACAAGUCCCAAUGAGUUCUACAAUUAUAAAACUCCAGAAGGAUAUCUUGAAAUAUUCCAUCAAGAGAAAGAGUUGGUUCCGCCAGAAUUUAUGAAAAUCACAACAUUUGAUGACUUUUCGGAUAAGUUGAAUUAUGAGAAAUGGGCGGUUCGAAAAGAAGAAAUUGAGUUGAAGGAAUUGACAGAAAGUCUUAGACUGUUGAAAGAAAAAUUCAACGAAUCGAAGAUGAAUAAGAGUAAAAAAGGAGAACCGAAAGCUAAAAAAGAAGUGGAAACUGUCAGUUAUAUCCAGCGGAAAAAAGCUCGAGAAGAGAAGGAAAAACAAGAAAAAGAAGAAGAAAGAAUGAGAGAAAAGGAAGAAAGAGAAAGAGAAAGGGAAGAAAGAAGAAUAGAAAGAAUAAAAGAAAUAAAAGAAAAAGAAAAGGAAAGAGAUGAAUAUGAUAGGAAAGUGGAGAGAAUGAAACAAAUGGUUAUUAAGCAGGAACAGUGGCAAAAUGAGAAAAAUAACGAUCAUUCGAAAAUAACAACUCAAAAUUCUAGUAAAAAGGAAAAGAAAACGAUCAAGGAGCCACCGCCACCCCAGCAGAAGAGCCAUCUGUCUGCGAGAAAAACGUUCAACGGUGGAACGGAUGAUGAGAAGAAAGAUGAGGAGAAGAAAGAAGAAGAGAAGAAGAAAAAAAAGAACCCAUGUUGCACAAUUUUGUGA